AUGUCCGCUAUCCAGAACCUCCACUCUUUCGACCCCUUUGCUGAUGCAAGUAAGGGUGAUGACCUGCUUCCUGCUGGGACUGAGGAUUAUAUCCAUAUAAGAAUUCAACAGAGAAACGGGAGGAAGACCCUCACUACUGUCCAGGGGAUCGCUGAUGAUUACGAUAAAAAGAAACUAGUGAAGGUAUUCAAGAAGAAAUUUGCCUGCAAUGGUACUGUAAUUGAGCAUCCAGAAUAUGGAGAAGUAAUUCAGCUACAGGGUUACCAGCGCAAGAACAUAUGCCAGUUCCUCGUCGAAAUUGGACUGGCUAAGGACGACCAGCUGAAGGUUCAUGGGUUUUAAGUGCUUGUGGCUCACUGAAGCUUAAGUGAGGAUUUCCUUGCAAUGAGUAGAAAAAUUCCCUUCUGUCCCUUGUCACAAGUUUAAAAACCUCACAGCUUGUAUAAUGUAACCAUUUGGGGUCCAUUGUUUAACUUGGACUAGUGUAACUCAUUCAUGUAAUAAACUGAAAAGAGCCAUGCCGUCUAGU